GGCCCACUCCCUCCUCGCCACCAUCUGCUGACGUGCCAGCCUCAGCAUGGGUGCCCUGUGUGGGUGCUGGGCGCUGAUGCGGGUCCUUGCGGUUCUGCUCCUUGUGCAGAAGGCAGAGACCCAGCGGGGCUCGGCACCAAGCCGGGCAAGCACAGAGACGGCCAUGGACAGUCAGAGCAUGGAUGCUGCCAAGCGUGUGACCUUCAUCCCGCCCAUCACCAUCCUCCCUACCAUGAGCUCCCAGAACCCAGCGCAUGACGGGCGGGUGUGCAGCACCUGGGGAGACUUCCACUACAAGACCUUCGACGGCGACGUCUUCCGCUUCCCCGGCCUGUGCAACUACGUCUUCUCCGCGCACUGUGGCGCUGCCUACGAGGACUUCAAUAUCCAGCUCCGCAGAGGCCUGGUCGGCUCCAGGCCCACCAUCACCCACGUCAUCCUCAAGACCCAGGGACUGGUGCUGGAGGCCUCCAAUGGCUCUCUCCUCAUCAACGGGCGGCGGGAGGAGCUGCCCUAUAGCAGCACUGGCCUCCUGGUGGAGCAGAGCAGCGUCUACAUCAACAUCAGGGUACGCCUGGUGCUGACCUUCAUGUGGAACCGGGAGGACAGCGCCCUGCUGGAGCUUGACCCCAAGUACGCCAACCAGACGUGCGGUCUGUGUGGGGACUUCAACGGGCUCCCAGCUGUUAACGAGUUCUAUGCCCACAAUGCCAGGCUGACUCCUCUACAGUUUGGGAACCUGCAGAAGCUGGACGGGCCCACUGAACAGUGCCAGGACCCCCUGCCCUCCCCAGCCAGCAACUGCACAGAUGGAGAGGGUGUCUGCCGCCGGACCUUGCUUGGCCCAGCCCUUGCCCAGUGCAAUGCACUGGUGGACCCGGACGAGUAUGAGACCGCCUGCAUUCAGGAUCUGUGCCGCUGCCCCACCUGCCCAUGUGCCACCUUUGCUGAGUACUCCCGCCAGUGUGCCCACGCAGGGGGACAGCCGCAGAACUGGAGGGGCCCUGACCUCUGCCCCCAGACCUGCCCCGGCAACAUGCAGCACCGGGAGUGCGGCUCACCCUGCGCCGACACCUGCUCCAAUCCGGGGCGCGCCCAGCUCUGUGAGGACCACUGUGUCGACGGCUGCUUCUGCCCCCCAGGCACAGUGCUGGAUGACGUCACCCACACGGGCUGUCUGCCCCUGGCACAGUGCCCCUGCUCCCAUGGUGGCCACCCCUACGCCCCAGGCACCUCCUUCUCCACCGCCUGCAGCUCCUGCACCUGCUCUGCAGGCCUGUGGCAGUGCCAAGACCUCCCAUGCCCCGGCACCUGCUCUGUCCAGGGCGGGUCCCACAUCUCCACCUACGAUGAGAAACUCUACGAUGUUCACGGGGACUGCAACUACAUCCUGUCCAAGAAAUGUGCAGACAGUGACUUCACGGUGCUGGCUGAGCUGCGGAAAUGUGGCCUGACAGACAAUGAGAACUGCCUCAAGGCGGUGACGCUCAACGUGACCAGAGGGAGCAUGGCCAUCCGGAUCCAGGCCAAUGGUGGGGUGUUCAUGAACUCCAUCUACACCCAGCUGCCCGUGUCAGCAGCCGGCGUCACUGUGUUCAGGCCCACGUCCUUCUUCGUGCUGGUGGAGACGGGCCUCGGGCUGCAGCUGCAAGUGCAGCUGGUGCCCUUCCUGCAGGUGGUCAUCAGGCUGGACCCCUCCUACCACGGCCAGAUGUGCGGCCUGUGCGGGAACUUCAACCAGAACCAGGCCGACGACUUCCGGACCCUCAGCGGUGUGGUGGAGGGCACAGCCGCCGCCUUUGCCAACACCUGGAAGACCCAGGCCGCCUGCCCCAACAUGAAGAACAGCUUCGAGGACCCCUGCUCCCUCAGCGUGGAGAACGAGAACUAUGCCCAGCACUGGUGCUCCCUGCUGACCGACCCUGCUGGCGCCUUCUCACCCUGCCACUCCACUGUUGACCCCGCGCCCUUCCACAUGAACUGCAUGUUCGACACGUGUAACUGUGAGAAGAGUGAGGACUGCAUGUGCGCCGCCCUGUCCUCCUACGUGCGUGCCUGCGCCGUCAAGGGUGUGCUGCUCCGCGGCUGGAGGGCCGGUGCCUGUGCCAAGUACAUGAGCAGCUGCCCCAAGUCCCAGAGCUACACCUACGUGGCAGAUGGCUGCCAGCCCACCUGCCACAGCCUGAGCCAGGCUGACAUCACCUGCGGCAUUGCCUUCGUGCCCGUGGAUGGCUGCACCUGUGCGCAUGGCACCUUCCUGGAUGAGGCCGGCACCUGCGUGCCAGCAGAGGCCUGCCCCUGCUACCACCGUGGCUCCACAGUGGCUCCGGGAGAGGUUGUACAUGACAACGGCGUGGUGUGCUCGUGCGUGAGAGGGAAGCUGAGCUGCCUGGGAGCCGAGCGGCUGCAGAGCACAGGGUGUGUGGCCCCCAUGAUGUACUUGGACUGCAGCAACGCCUCGGCGGGCACGCCCGGGGCUGAGUGUCUCAGGAGCUGCCACACGCUGGACGUGGGCUGUUUCAGCAGCAACUGUGUGUCCGGCUGCGUCUGUCCCCCGGGGCUGGUGUCAGAUGGGAGCGGGGGCUGCGUGGCAGAGGAGGACUGCCCCUGUCUGCACAACGAGGCUGCCUUCAAGCCUGGGGAGACCAUCAGGGUCGACUGCAACACCUGCACAUGCAGGAACCGCCGGUGGGAGUGUAGCCGCCGGGCCUGCCUGGCCACCUGCGCGGCUUACGGGGACGGCCAUUUCAUCACCUUCGACAGCGCGCGCUACAGCUUCAGCGGGGACUGCGAGUACACACUGGCCCAGGACCACUGUGGGGGCAACGGAACAGCCAAUGGGACCUUCCGCAUUGUCACUGAGAACGUCCCCUGUGGGACCACAGGUGUCACCUGCUCCAAGGCCAUCAAGCUCUUCCUGGAGAGCUAUGAGCUGAUCCUCCGUGAGGGGUCCUACAAGGUGGUGCAGAGGGAGCCAGGCGCAGACCCGCCCUACAAGGUCCGGUACAUGGGCAACUACCUGGCCAUUGAGACCCGCAGUGGCGUGGUUGUGUCCUGGGACCGGAAGACCAGCGUGUUCAUCCGGCUGCACCAGGAUUACAAGGGGCGCAUCUGUGGGCUGUGCGGGAAUUUUGAUGGCAACGCCGUCAACGACUUCACCACACGGAGCCAGUCCGUGGUGGGCGACGUGCUGGAGUUCGGCAACAGCUGGAAAUUCUCCCCAUCCUGUCCCGAUGCCCUGGCCCCCAGAGACCCCUGCACCGCCAACCCGUACCGCAAGGCCUGGGCCCAGAAGCAGUGCAGCAUAGUCCACAGCACCACCUUCGCCACCUGCCACUCUCAGGUCGACUCCACCAAGUACUACGAGGCGUGCGUGCGGGACGCGUGCGCCUGUGACUCUGGGGGUGACUGCGAGUGUUUCUGCACUGCCGUGGCCGCCUAUGCGCAGGCCUGCCACGACGCGGGCGUGUGCGUGUCCUGGCGGACCCCGGACCGCUGCCCCUUGUUCUGUGACUACUACAAUCCCCGCGGGGAGUGCGAAUGGCACUACCAGCCUUGUGGGGCCCCCUGCCUCAGGACCUGCCGCAACCCCAGUGGCCGUUGCUCGGAGGACCUGCCGGGCCUGGAAGGCUGCUACCCAAGGUGCCCGCCCAGCAAGCCGUUCUUCAGUGAGGACCAGAUGAAGUGCGUGGCGCAGUGUGGAUGCUACGACGAGGACGGCAACUACCACGACGUGGGCGUAAGGGUCCCCACAGCGGAGAACUGCCAGAGAUGUGACUGCACGCCCAGUGGCCUCCUGUGCACGCACAGUCUGUCAGCCUGCACGUGCACCUAUGAGGGCAAGGCCUAUGGCUACCACGACGUCAUCUACAACACUACAGACGGGCUGGGUGCCUGCUUGACCGCUGUUUGUGGAAACAAUGGAACCAUCACCCGGAGGGCCAUGGAAUGUCCCGGAGCCCCAUCCACCAUGCCCUUUACCUUCACCACCACCGCAGCCCCACCCUCCACCACAGGUGUGGCUCCCACCCCUUCCACUGUGUGUGUGCAUGAGCUCUGCCUCUGGUCCGACUGGUACGACGGUGGACACCCAGAGCCUGGCAUGGGAGGUGGGGACUUUGAGACAUUCGCCAUCCUGAGGCAGAGGGGCUACCGGGUGUGCCCAGCCCCCACCAGUGUGGAGUGCCGGGCACAGCGGCUGCCCGACAUACCCCUGCAGGAGCUGGGCCAGAAGGUGGAGUGCAACCCCAUCCAGGGGCUGAUGUGCCUCAACAGCGAGCAGAGCCCCCCGCUCUGUCACAACUAUGAGCUGCGGGUCCUCUGCUGUGACUACGUGCCCUGCAGCCCUGCCCCCGGGGUCACCACCCAGCAGCCGCUCCUCACAUCUCUGGCCACCCCCGCCCAGACCACAUCAAGGCCAGGAACCAGUCUCUGGCCAACCAGGGCCUCCCCCUCACAGACCCGGGCCCCCAAGACCACCAGCACUGGGUCCACGGCCCCCUCCCCUAAGCCCUCCCCCACCAUCAGUGCCACUGUCACCCCCACCACCUCAGCUGUCACCACAGCCACCUCCCCCUCCACCAUCUCCCUCACCGGGCCACAAGCCACAGAGCCAGGGACACAGAGGAGGAGCAGCCCAGGGGUGACCAUGGCUCCCAGCACCACAUCGAUGCCUUCCCUUUCCAGAGGACAGACCUCCCCGGCAUCGUCCCUGCACCCCAGCUACGUGCACACGCUUGUGACCUCCUCCAUGGGGAGCCCCACAUCUCCAGGCUUCACAAAGGCCACUGCCCUGGGCACAUCUCCAUCAGUCCUUCCCACUCACUCAACCCGGUGGGGGACUUCGGGGGGCACCCUGCAACACCCCACUUCAUGGUCAGUGACGACGAGAACCUCCACAGCACACUCAGCACUGGGAACACUGGCAGGGACGCCGGGCCCCCCCGCGCUGUCCACCAUGCACACCAGGACCAGUACACCAAGAGCUGAGAUGCCCACGGCCACAGCCCACAUCACGGGCGGGCAGGGCACGACUGCGUGCCAGCCCAGGUGUGAGUGGACAGAGUGGUUUGAUGUGGAUUUCCCAACCUCGGGAGUCACGGGUGGAGAUGUGGAGACAUACGACAAUAUCAGGGCCACCGGGGCCAGGAUGUGCCCAGACCCGGAGAAGAUUGAGUGCCGGGCAGAGAAUUACCCUGAGGUGAGCAUUGACCAGAUCGGACAGGUGCUCAACUGCAGCCUGGACAUGGGGCUGGUAUGCAGGAAUGAAGACCAGAGGGGAGAGUUCAACAUGUGCUUCAACUACAACAUCCGCGUGCUUUGCUGUGAUGACGUCCGGCACUGCCCACGCCUGGCUCCUGGCUCUACUGCCCCUACGGCGCCUGUGCACAGCAGCCCCACCGGGACCACCAGGCUGCCUGAGCACUUGUCGUCAGCCGUCACCCAGAGGCAGCUCACCUUCCCCAGCGCCCCUCCAGUGACCACACUGCUGACCUCCGGCAUACGCACCACCACUGGGUCGCCGCUGACCGGGCCCAGAUUCGGGACCACCCAGCCCUCCGGCACCCUGCAGACCAGCUCCACCAAGCUGACCCUGGCCACCUCCUCCUCCANGGGCUGCAUGCCACGGUGUGCAUGGACAGACUGGUUUGAUGAGGAUUACCCCACACCCGGUCCCAAUGGUGGGGACUUUGAGACCUUUGCGGUCUUCCGCUCAGCAGGCCACGUCUUCUGUGAGCACCCCCAGGACAUUGAGUGCCGCUCGGAGAGGGCGCCACAAAUGGCCCUGGAGGACGUGGGGCAGGUGGUCCAGUGCAACCUCAGCUUUGGGCUGGUGUGCCGGAACCGCGAGCAGCCGGGGCCCGUGCCGUACUGCCACAACUUCCACGUGCGCCUGCUCUGCUGUGACAGCUACAGCCACUGCCUCUCCACUCCUGGCACCACGGAAGGCCCCUCCCCAUCCCCGGGGACUGCCAGCACCUCUGUGACACCCCCAACCAGGGCCAUCUCCCCGGCCCACUCUCUUCCCUUCAUCUGGGCCUCGCAGACCUCGACUGGACUCCCCAGCACAGUGCCUAUCACCAUUUCAGGACCCUCCCCAUCCCUGGAGACUGCCAGCACCCACACAACACCCAGCACUAGGGCCACCUCCCAUGCCUUCUCUCUUCCCUGGGCCUUGCAGACAUCGACCGGACUCCCUAGCAUGGCGCCCAACACCACCUCAGGCCCCUCCCCAUCACUGAAGACCACCAGCAUCUUGCCACCCAUCACUGUGUCCAGCACAGGCCCCUCCAUCCCCGCCACUGUCAGCCCCACUGCCUUUCUCAGCUCAGCCUUCCCCACCAGCUGCUUUUGCCAGGCAUUCGGACAGAUCUUCUCCCCGGGGGAUGUUGUCUACAACAAGACUGACAGAGCCGGCUGCCACUUCUACGCAGUCUGCAACCAGCGCUGUGACAUUGACCGUUUCGAGGGUGCCUGCCCCACCUCUUCACCCCCAGAGACCUCAUCCCCUGAGCCCCCACCCUCACUCUCUCCUGGCUGCAAUCUUGUGGUCCCUCGCCGACAGGUGAACGAGACCUGGACCCUGGAGGACUGCACAGUGGCCCGGUGCGAGGGUGACAACCGCAUCAUCCUGCUGGAGCCGAGACAGGUGGCCAACAUCAGCUGUGUGAACGGGCAUGUGCCUGUCAAGGUGCUCAGCGAGGCCGAGCCGUGUGACUACCACUUGGAGUGCGAGUGUUCCUGCAGCGGCUGGGGGGGGUCCCACUACCGCACCUUCGAUGGCACCGCCUACUCCUUCCUGCACAACUGCACUUACGUCCUCAUGAGGGAGAUCAACCCACGCCACGGGAACCUCAGCAUCCUCUUGAGCAACCACUACUGUGGGGCCGACAGCUGUGCCCGUGCCCUCAUGGUCCACCACAAGUCCAUGGAGGUCGUCCUCACAACCACCCCUGGCCCCAGUGGGCAGAAGAGCCUGAUCAUGUUCGACCACACGCCAGUGAGCCACGGAUACAGCAAGAACGGUGUGAGGGUGUCCCUGAUGGGGACCACCGCGAUGGCCAUCGACAUUCCCGCCAUCCGUGUGGGCAUCACCUUUGAUGGGAGCAUCUUCCAGGUCCGGCUGCCCUACAGUCACUUCAGCUACAACACCGAGGGCCAGUGUGGCACCUGCACCAACAGCCAGGCAGACGACUGCCGCCGGCCAGAUGGCACCAUGGCGCCCACCUGCCAGGACAUGGCUAGAACCUGGCUUGUCCCCGAAAGCAGAGAGGCAGGCUGCUGGGCACCCACCAGCCUACCUCCAACCACCGGUAGCCCGUCCACCGUGCCCACCUCCGCCCCGUGCCCCCGGGCACCCCUCUGCGAGCUGCUGCUGAGCCGGGUCUUUGCCGAGUGCCACAGUCUCAUCCCACCCAGCCCGUUCCUCAGCGCCUGUGUGAGCGACAGCUGCCAGGCCGACCGCCCCGAGGUGCCCUGCCAGAGCCUGGAGGCCUAUGCGUCACUCUGCCGUGCCCGGGGCGUGUGCAGUGACUGGCGCAACGCUACUGGCGGGCUGUGUGACUUCACCUGCCCACCCGCCAAGGUAUACAGGCCAUGUGGCCCAGUGCAGCCUGAGACCUGUGAGCCAAGGGGCCAGAGCCCACCAAGCCGGGGGCUGGCGGAAGGCUGCUUCUGUCCAGACGGGAGCGUCCUCUUCAGCUCCAAUGCUGACGUCUGCGUGCCCCAGUGCCCCUGCGUUGGACCAGACGGGUUUCCCAAAUUUCCUGGAGAGCAGUGGGUCAGCAACUGCCAGACCUGUGUGUGCGACAAGGGUUCCAUGUCGGUGCGCUGCACCCCUGUGCGGUGCCAGGACCAGGCCCCACCCCCAGAGUGCAGCCAGGCUGGCUUUGUGACGGUGACCAGGCCUCUGGAUGACAACCCGUGCUGCCUGGAGACUCUGUGUGUCUGCAACAGGACCACCUGCCCCCACAGCCCGCCCCAAUGUAGGCUGGGAGAGGAGCUGACCCACACCGAGGAGGAGGGCGGCUGCUGCCCUACCUUCCACUGCCAACCUAAGCUGUGUACCUACAAUGGCACCUCCUAUGGGAUUGGUGCCACCUUCCCAGCGGUCCUUCCCUGCCACACGUGCAAGUGCCUGACUGUGGAUGCACAGGACCCAGCAGUGCAGUGUGCAAGGGACACCUGCAACAGCACCUGCCCCCAGGGCUUCAAGUACUCGUGGGUGUCUGGGCACUGCUGCGGGGAGUGUGUGCAGGUGGCCUGCCCCACACCAGACGGCCGGCUGGUCCAGCCCAACGAGACCUGGGUCAACAGCCUGGUGGACAACUGCACUGAAUACCACUGUGAGGCCAAGAGCGGGCGCCCGGUGCUGACUGCGAGGCCCACGCCCUGCCCGGAGGUGUCCCGCUGCAGGGGCAUCCUCAGGAAAACAGGCUGCUGCUACUCCUGCGAGGAAGUGGACUCCUGUCAAGUCCGCGUCAACAGGAUGGUCCUGCGGCACCAGAGCUGUGCCACCCAGGCCCCUGUCAACGUCACUUUCUGCGAGGGCUCGUGCCCGGGAGCGUCCAGGUACUCCAUGGACACCCAGGCCAUGCAGCCACAGUGCACCUGCUGUCGGGAGACCAGGGCCCACGAGGAGGCUGUGACCAUGCAGUGUCCCGAUGGCACAGCCCUCCAGCACACGUACACCCACGUAGACCAGUGUAGCUGCACCCCAUCCUGCGGCCCCCUCCCCAAGGCUCCUGAGGGCAGCGCCCCCACCUCCCUGACCUAGGGAGCCACAUCACCUCUUGCCCUCCCUCACGCCCUCCCUAUAUGUGCCAGAACAUGCACCACCCAACCACGGAGAUCUUGGGUGGGCCUGCUCCAGGAGCCGACACACACGUUCCACCCGUCCCCAGGUGGAACCCCACCUGGAGGGCGUGGUGCAGGAGGUCCUGCCUGCAGAAGGCACCAGGUGGGGGCCCUGGCCUCAGAGCCCUCAGCUGGUCUUGGCACCUGCUGGGCCAUCAUCUGAAACACAAGUGCCUGCCCCGCCCAGAUGCACCCUUUCCAGGUGUCAGAGGGGCGCCCUGGAGCAAGACUGCAUGGCGGCCACUGCGCUGCUCCUCAUGGCAGGCCUGAGGGGCCCUCUGGCACCUGCUGCUGCACACUGUGGUCAGGCCUGUGCAGGCAAGGCCAGCUGCCUCCAGGGUGCAGCACCGGGCAGGGUGGCUGCCUGCCCACAUCUGGACCUGGGCCUGAGGCUACCCUGGCCAAGGGCAGGCCGGGAGGGGCAAGGGCCCCACACACCUGCCCUGCUCAACCAGCCCCAAUUUGCAAAUAAAUGCUGAGCAU